AAUGAUAAAUUAAAUAAAAAAACAAAACAAAAAAAACAAAAAAAAACAAAAAAAAUAAAAAAAUAAAUAAAUAAUGUAAAUCUUCGUUAAAACAUUAACCGGAAAAACAAUCACUUUAGAUGUUGAAGCUUCCGACUCUAUUGAAAACGUCAAAGCUAAAAUCUAAGACAAAGAAGGUAUUCCCCCAGAUUAAUAAAGACUUAUCUUCGCAGGAAAAUAAUUAGAAGACGGAAGAACUCUUUCUGACUACAAUAUUUAAAAAGAAUCAACCCUCCAUUUAGUCUUGAGAUUAAGAGGUGGUAUGUAAAUCUUCGUUAAAACAUUAACCGGAAAAACAAUCACUUUAGAUGUUGAAGCUUCCGACUCUAUUGAAAACGUCAAAGCUAAAAUCUAAGAUAAAGAAGGUAUUCCCCCAGAUUAAUAAAGACUUAUCUUCGCAGGAAAAUAAUUAGAAGACGGAAGAACUCUUUCUGACUACAAUAUUUAAAAAGAAUCAACCCUCCAUUUAGUCUUGAGAUUAAGAGGUGGUAUGUAAAUCUUCGUCAAAACAUUAACCGGAAAAACAAUCACUUUAGAUGUUGAAGCUUCCGACUCUAUUGAAAAUGUCAAAGCUAAAAUCUAAGAUAAAGAAGGUAUUCCCCCAGAUUAAUAAAGACUUAUCUUCGCAGGAAAAUAAUUAGAAGACGGAAGAACUCUUUCUGACUACAAUAUUUAAAAAGAAUCAACCCUCCAUUUAGUCUUGAGAUUAAGAGGUGGUAUGUAAAUCUUCGUCAAAACAUUAACCGGAAAAACAAUCACUUUAGAUGUUGAAGCUUCCGACUCUAUUGAAAACGUCAAAGCUAAAAUCUAAGACAAAGAAGGUAUUCCCCCAGAUUAAUAAAGACUUAUCUUCGCAGGAAAAUAAUUAGAAGACGGAAGAACUCUUUCUGACUACAAUAUUUAAAAAGAAUCAACACUCCAUUUAGUCUUAAGACUUAGAGGAGGACUUUGAAAAUUUAAUUUUUUUAUCAAAUAAAAAAUAUAAUAAAAUUAAUUAUAAAAAUUUAUUUAGUUUUUUUUAUUAUUUUUAUGAUUAUUUUAAUAUAAUGAAAAACAUUUUUUUUUUAUAUAUAA